CUGCACAACGCUCAGAAGAUGUCCCCGGAGUGGCUUCAAUCCCUCCUCGAAAGAGAUACGCCUGCACCAAAGCUGUACGCAUGGGGACUAUCCAACGUUCAGAGCCAUAGUGCAUCUUCAGAUCGCCCCGAGCGUAGCUCUGUCGACUCUAAGCUUCUUCGCCGACAAGACGACUCUCAUCGGCGAGUUUAUAUCCUUGGUGUAGGGAAUCUCGGCGCUCUCUUUGCAAGCUCGUUGGCUUCGCUACCCAGUCCACCUCCGGUUACUCUUGUGUUUCAUAGGAAGGAGCUUCUUCUUUCUUGGCAGCAAAAUCCCGGCAUUGAAAUCAUCCGAGGCGGCAUCGUCCAAAAACAUUCAAAUUUCGACGUCGAGCUGUGGUCCGAGGAGCCACCUUCAGAGGGUCAAUCUCGAGAAGUUUCUGAUGGCAGGAUCAUCCACAACCUUCUCGUUACCACCAAAGCUUCCCAAGCUUUGCCCGAGGUAGAUCGUGUGCGUCGCUAUCUCAAUGCGAAUUCCACAGUGGCUUUUGCCCAGAACGGCAUGUGCAAGAUGUGGCCUCCUCAUGGAACUUUAUACAACUCUGCUCGCUUCUCGGAAGAUCAGUCAACAACACACCCUAACUGGCUGGCUUGCGUGACGACGCACGGCGUCACUUCUUUGGGUCGUUUCAAGAGCCUUCACGCCUCAGAAGCAGAUGUCAAAGUUGGCCCGGUUCUUCCGAACCCGAGAACUUCGAGCAGUGCAUCUUAUCUCUCUGGAUUACUUGUGCAAGCUCCUCACCUCAGGGGUACUUCUGUUCCACGAGACGAUCUCUGGAUCUUGCAGCUCGAGAAGCUUGUGGUCAACUCCAUCAUCAACCCGCUGACAGCCAUUCUUCGCUGCAAAAAUGGCCAACUGUUCGCUGGAGAAGAAGGGGCUUUCCUCAAACGAUUGAUGGAUCAAUUACUAAACGAAGCAAGCGGUGUUCUCCGUGGUCUGGUCAACGACCCAAGUACAGACAGUAUCCUUCAGGCGUCCACUGGUGACGGUAUGCCAGCUGAGACAGAUGAGGUACGCAACGACCUGUUGGAGCGCUUCUCUCAGCCGCGACUCAGACAUAUGCUUUACGAUGUUGGCCACAAAGUCAGGGAGAACACCAGCUCAAUGCUGCAAGAUGUUCGCGCCGGUAAACCGACCGAAGUCGACGAAUUCAACGGCUGGCUUGUCGAGAUGGCGGCCUAUCUCGGCAAGCAUCUGGAAAUCGCCUGUCAUCAGACUCUGAUCGGUCUUGUCAAAAACGGCGAUGUUCUUGAUACAGCGUCGCUCAGUCAAAAGUUCUCUCACUUAGUCCCUGUCGACCCCGUAAGCGCCUAA